AUGUUCGACUUUAAUCGUAUGAGAAAUCUUGGUGUCUUCUCAGAAACACAACUUUCUUUGUUGCUGAGCUCGUCGAGUGAUACGUCGUAUACUGUGAAAGAUAACGAUUCGAGUCAGUUCAAUUCUCAAAGCAUUCAACAGCCAACUGAAUCGCCAUCGAUCGAAAACGAGAUGAAUCGUUCGCAGCAAGAAAUCAAUCUGGAUGAAAAGUGUCUUCUGGAUUUGUCGAGUCGUGACUUGUUUGAUGGAAGUUCGAUAUAUGGUGAAGAAUGUUUUGACGAGCGAUCACUGUACGGGUCUAAUGUUGAGAAUACCACAACAUCUGCAGCUUUAGACUGCGUUCGUGAUGAGGAUAACGGUAAAGAUGGCUUGCCUUCAGGCAAUAAUGAUGAUAAUGACGAAAUCCUCGAUAUCAAAAUACGUGCAAGUCAGAUUGAGAAACGACCAAACGAAACAGAUGAUAAGGCGACACUGGUUGAAGAUGAAAAAAUUUUGGAUAAAAUCACCAAAAAGAUGAGUCGAACAUCGAUAUCUUCCUACGUGAAACGUGAACCAUUAACUGAAUCAAUGCUNAUCAGCUAG